UAUCGACAUACAUGGACCACGACGGCUUGCUUUGCGACGAAGUUUUGGACUUCACUCCUCCGCCGCUAAAUGAGUCGAGUGCCGUAGAGCUGCGGCGGUUGCAGCAGCCUAGUGUAGCCUACAAUGCGGCGGCGCCGUUUUCCAGGGAAGAAUUUGAAGAGGCGGUUCGAAUUCUGGUGGAGAAUGAGAGGAAGCACAUGCCGGAACCGGGUUAUGCCGAUUACCUUCAAUCCAACACUUUGGUUUACAAUGCUAGGUUCAAAGCUGUUCACUGGAUUAUUGGGUCUCAAAAGCGGCUGAGUCUCUCCCCCGAAAGCAUAUUCUGUGCAGCAAAUUACAUUGAUCGCUUCAUAUCUUUAAGAAAAUGCGAAGGAUGGGAGUGUUGCAUAUUCGAUUUACUAUCAAUUGCAUGCUUGUACGUGGCUUCUAAAUUCAACGAAACCCACCUUCCUUCAUUGCAUGCAAUUCAGAUGGAGGGGAUAGAGCAUCCCUUUGAAGAUGACCUAGUUAGACGGAUGGAGUUGAGCCUUGUGGAGGCUCUUGGAUGGAAGAUGAAGUCUAUAACUCCUUACUCUUACCUGCAACUCGUUGAAUGGAACCAUACCCUCAUCCCUUGCAAUUUUACUGUAGAAGACGAUGUGUUGAUGAAAACAUCACAUGCUGUGACUGAGAUGCUUCUUGGCCUACUCUUUGAUCCAAAGUUUCUAGAGUUCCGACCGAGUGUUGUGGCAGAAGCUACACUUCAGUGCGUCCUCAAAGAUGUAAUUAUUCCUAGCCGAGGUUGCAACCUGCACUAUUCCGAACAUUUCACUUCUCUCCUUCCUCAAGAUCAACAGGAUGGUUUGAAAGUGUGCCUUGAGAUGAUGAAUAAGAGAAGAUCAAGAGAAGAAACAAAAGAGGAGUGCGAGUCCUCUACUAGCAACAAUAAUCAUAGUAUUGAUGUAUCAAGUGGAAAGAGGAAGAGGGAAAUCGUUCUUCAAAACUGGGGAGGGGAGCAAAAAAGAGUGAAGGAAAGUCGAGGUGGAUAGCUAAUACUCCGUACAUAUAUAUUAUGUCUAUAUGUGUGUGAGUAAUGUAUGUGUACAAAUAUUUGUAUACAUGUUUAUUUUUACAUGUGUAAAACUGGAGUAUUAUAUGUCCACAUCAGUGAAAAUAAGCAUGAAACAAUUAUAUCAUAUUAUUCAUUUAUAGACAUUAUAUAAAUGUAGCAAUUCAUAUUGAUAACAUUAUACGCAUUAUUACAAUAAAGACAUUUACAUAAUUCAAGUCUGAAUGUUUUGCUUAUACAGAUUGACUUAAAGUGUUUGGCUAUAGCAAACUUUUUACAAAAAUGCGCUAUAUCUUAUUUCAUAAUUUCAUAUUUCCA